AGUGAAAAGAAAACACAGGCAGAAUGACGAAAAAAUUAAGUGUUUUAUUUCUAGUUGCAGUGUUAUAUAUAAUCACGGCACAAGCGAAUUUAUUGGAAAUACUAAGAAUACAAAAUCAGCUUAAAAACUCAUAUUACGACAUUGAAAAGCUGCAGGCGAAAUAUAAGAGUAAGGUCGAGGAAGCAAUCAUAAUGGAAAAGGAAACCACAAUGCAAGAUCUGAAGAUCAAAAUAAAUGACGAGCUGUUAAAGUGUCGAGAACAGAAAUCGGCUUUUGAGGUACUUAACAAGAUUUACUCAGAGCAAAUCAUUGAGCUGCAGAACAGGGCCAAUUCAGAUGCAGACAUGUUGGCGGAAAAAGAUCGUCAGAUCGAGGAAGGACUGGCUACAAUAGCUACCUUUACGACAAUCAUCAACGAGCAGGCCAAGCAAAUAGAAAUUUUGAAAGACGAUGCCGCAGCCAAAUCACAAAUAAUCCUAAACAUGAAUAUCAAAACAAAAGACAUUGCAGAUACGCUAAACAAUUUGAAAGAUUUCGAAACCACUACGAUAUCGGAUUUUGAAGCCAAUAGCUGUCUGCCAUUUGGAGACUCUUCGGAUGUGCAUGUAAUAAAGGUAGACGAAGGAGAUGCCUUCCCGGUGUCCUGCGAUUCCCGCUUGGAUGGCCCCGGAUGGACUGUUGUGCAGCGUCGCCUGGAUGGGAGCGUUAAAUUUAACCGAAGCUGGCUGGAAUACCAGAAGGGAUUCGGUAAUUUGAGCGGCGAAUUUUUCAUUGGACUCGAUAAGUUGCAUCGCAUAACCACGGCCCAGCCACACGAAUUAUAUGUGCACUUAACCGAUUUCAACAAUGAGAGCAGCCAUGCCUAUUACGAUAAGAUCGUUGUCGCUGGCGAGAGCCAACAAUAUGCACUGUCCGAGCUGGGUGAGUACUCCGGCAAUGCUGGUGACUCGAUGCGCGAUAAUGAGCACCAAAAGUUCACCACCUAUGACAGGGAUAACGACCAGAGCGAAUUUAACUGCGCCCAGACCUGUUUAGGUGGUUGGUGGUACAACAACUGCGGCUUAAGCAAUCUAAACGGACAGUACGCAAAGCGCGACGAGUAUUAUGAUAAUUCCGAGUAUGGCAUAUUUUGGGAUGAGUGGCAGGGACCGGGGUAUACCCUGCAAUCCGUGCAGAUGAUGAUCAGACCUAAAAUAUUAACAGAUAAAUGAACAGCACAAUGAAUUUAGAUGCUCAACACUAUUUGCUUGAAAGUAGCAAAUGAAAUAUGAGA